AUGAUGCGUCUAAUGUGUUUGGCUGUGCUGUUUGUGGUGAACGUCCUCCUGGCCGUCACCAGUAGCGUCGCCCUUGCCAGCAUCCCCCGCAACGGGUGGCUCCGCCAGUUCUUUUUCAAGCUUCUCGGCCGCUACGACCGUCGCAAGUUCAUCCCGACGUUUGCCGCCCGCCUAGAGCGCUGCAAUGCCCAAGACAAGGACGUGAUGACCUCGAUUCUAACCAAAAAUGAUCCAGCAGGGCCUUCUGAGGGCUUGCACUCUAACCUCCUCCAAGACACCAUCGUGUACUCCGAAGUGUGGCAAGUGCCCACGCCGUCAAUGGAGGACAUCGUGCAGCAGUUCUUCGCGUCGCCUAUGGCCCUGAACGACCCGGACAGAGUCGGGUGCUACUGCCUCUUCACGGGCACCAACUCGUCCGAGUGCGCGCCGUGGGUCGAUAUGAACGUCCCCCCCUGGACAUACACCCCGGACAAGUACUUCAACAAAACCGCAGCCAUUCCCAUCGGGGUGUCUGUGCUCGGUCUCACGGGCAACUUGGACCCCGUGACCACGUCAAAGCAUGCCCGACGACACUUUAACAACAUGAAAGGCGACAACAAGAAACUGGUUGAGUUCCCCGUGGCAGUGCAUGGCGUCAUUGGGAACACCCCCAUGUCGGACAACCACACUGAUCCCCACUGCGGCUUGCUUGUGGUCGCCGAUUUCCUUCUCGCCAACGGCGCGCUGGACGCGAUAAACUUGACCUGCAUGGACAAGGUGCAGCCUCUCAAUUUCGACAUCCCGGACGCCUUGGCCCUCGAGCUGUUUGAUCUGGACGGCGGUGCCAUGGACGGCAAAAUACACCCCCCCGCGCAAGGUGCCAAGGACUACAACUUGACAGUCGUCGGCCUCGGGCUCAAUGCGCUCCUGAAACAUCGUGAAGCCAAAGCGACGCGAGGCAAGUACGCAGUCUACGAAGACGCGUGCACGGGCGGCGCUUCUUGA